AUGGGUGUCAUCAGGAAGAAGACCGCCGCUCGAGGCGGUGAGGGUGGUGUCAAGUAUGUGUGCGACGUGUGCUCUGCCGACAUUACCUCCACGUGUUUUUCCGAGGGCAAAUCAAGCAACUUCCAUCAGCCCGCGUCACAUCCCUACCGGGUCAUUGAACAGAACUCCUUCCCUAUUUUCGACCCGGAAUGGGGCGCCGACGAGGAGCUGCUGCUGCUGGAAGGCGCCGAGAUCUAUGGUCUGGGCUCAUGGGCGGACAUCGCCGACCAUAUCGGCGGCUAUCGACACAAGGACGAAGUCCGUGAUCAUUAUCUCAAAGUUUAUGUCGAUUCGCCUAGUUUUCCCCUCCCAAAACGAUGCAGCCCCCACGACAUGGAGCUUGCCAAUGAAAUAUCUCGGGAGGAAUUCCAGGCAAGGAAGAAGCGAAGAAUCGAGGAACGCAGAGAGGCGGCGAAGAACGCGCCGGCGUUGCAACCCAAGACUAAGCCCACGGCAAGUGUCCCGUCCUGCCACGAAAUACAGGGUUAUAUGCCUGGCCGUUUGGAAUUUGAGACAGAGUAUGCGAACGAAGCUGAAGAGGCGGUGCAACUCAUGCAGUUUGACCCUGGUGACGGCCUGAACCCCCGCACAGGAGAGCUGGAGCCAGAGAUGGAGUUAAAACUUACUGUCAUGGAGAUCUACAACUGUCGACUCACACAGCGUGUUGAAAGAAAGAAGGUGAUUUUUGAGCACAACCUGUUGGACUACCGCGAAAAUAGCAAGGUUGAGAAGAAGCGGACAAAGGAGGAACGAGACGUUCUUAACAAGGCUAAGCCAUUUGCGCGCAUGAUGAAUCACGACGACUUUGAGUCCUUCUGCCAGGGGCUCCUUGACGAACUGAAUUUACGGCAAGCUAUUACUCAGCUACAGGAAUGGCGCAGUAUGCGUAUCGGCGACCUUCGUAGCGGCGAGAAGUACGAGCAGGAGAAGGCACAAAGACUUCAGAAGCAGAUACCCAUGGGUUCCAUGGAUCGCGAGCGGCUGGCAUCCGCGCAAAGAAACAAGCAACCAGCAGCACCUGAACCGCCCAGCGGCGCUGCCUUGUUAGUGGCUCCCGAACUGCCUAUUCGACCAGGCCCGGUCAAUGGCGUCACAAAUGGGGAUGCAAGCAGCAAUGGAGAUACCAAGAGCCUUCCAAAUGGCACGCAUGUCAAUGGCACGGUCAAUGGCGGCAGUGUCGUAGUCGCAAACGGCACAGCAUCGCCUGCGCGGCAAAAAUACGUGCCGCAACCAUUAUCUGGGGUGCAGCCACUAAGUCUUAGCCAGGACAACGCGCCCGACCUACAUCUUCUCACACCCGAAGAGGCCAAGCUUUGUGAAGUUGUUCGGUUGCAGCCGAAACCAUAUUUGAUGAUCAAGGAACAGAUUCUAAAAGAAGCUCUCAAAGGCAAUGGUACCCUGAAGAAAAAGCAAGCAAAGGAGAUCUGCAGACUGGAAACACAAAAAGGCGGGAGAAUUUUCGAGUUCUUCAUCAACGCCGGUUGGGUCGGCAAGGCUUGA